UUUGGGUAACCCAGCAUAAACGUAGUGGCAUAAUCGUCAAACAAUUGUUACUCAAUAAUCAAAAGAUCUGUAUUUGCUGUAAAACACAAGCCUCUAGGGAUUCAAGAAUUGGAAAUCUGUUUUCUUCUCUCUUCCAAUUUAACCUACAAAAAUUAUUAGCUUAUUUACCCCCAACCCCACCACCACACCACGCCACGCCACCUCACACCCUACACCCAAAACCCACCAUAAAAAUUGCUCCUUUUUUAUUUAUAUAUAUACAACAAAUCCAUCUAAUUACUUUUGUGAAAAAAUUGAUUCUUGAUUCUUGUUUAGAACAAAGAUAGUUUUUUUUAAUCUUUAUAGUCGUAGUGUUCGGCCAACUUUUGCACAUCUUAGACUAAGUCCGCAGGAUGGAGGAAUCAGAAAAGAGAAAGGAAAGGCUAAAAGCUAUGAGAAUGGAAGCUUCACAAAGUGGAGAUUACAAUGAAUCAUCUGUUGGUUAUGGUGGUCUUACAAACCCUUUAAUUGAUUCUCCUUGUGACAAAGUUGAAUCUUCUGGCAUGCCAAGGCCAAGAUUUGACUAUUACACUGACCCCAUGUCAGCUUUUUCUGCGAAUAAAAGGAGUAACAACAAUGUUACCACUCAGGUUUCUCAGCAGUGUUAUACCCCUCCAAGACCAAGGAACCCUCAAUCUCCAAUUUGCACUCCUCGAGGCAACUAUUCCUUAGAGCAGAGAUUGCAGUCACAAGGAGUCCAUCAUAUCGUUAAUCCUCCUGGAAAUCAUGGGCAAAAUAGUCCUUUUGGCACACCACAAAGAAGCUCCCCUAAUGCAUGGAAUAACUCUUUUGGCACACCUGACAACUACCUGCCACCUAAUUCUUCAACGGGUGGUAACUUUGCUAGUCCUGGCAUUCAUCAAAGUGGAAGACCUGGUUUCCACUAUGGAGAAGGUAGCGUGCAACCUGGUUCCGAAUACGGAAGCAGCCCUUACCAAGGUUCAGGAUAUAGAGGCAGCCCCUACCGAGGUUCAGGGCGCAGAGGCAGCCCUUACCAAUGUUUAGGACACAGAGGUGGCAGCCCUUACCAAAGUUCAGGGUUCAGAGGCAGUCCUUACCAAGGUUCCGGGCAAGGCAGGAGCCAAUGGAUGGGUAAUAGUUCUAGUCCUUCUUCGUUUCGAGGUGGUAGGAGGGGAAGAGGUUCCCAUGGAUACACAUCAGGUGAGUCUAGACCAGAUUUGUAUUAUUCAGAGUCAAUGGUAGAAGAUCCUUGGAAAGGGUUGAAGCCAGUUAUCUGGAAGCUGGUCUCUGAGAAAUCCUGGCUUCCAAAAUCCAUAAGCGCAAAAAAGGCCAAACUUCCAGAUGCGCCAGUAAAAUCCAGUCCUCAGCAAAGCCUUGCCGAGUAUUUGUCUGCCUCAUUUAAUGAAGCAGCUAGCAGUGAGGCUGGGAAUGAUGGAUCUGACACUUGAUUGCCAUGUGAGGUCUCAGUCUUGCAUAUGAUGUUCUCACUCUCCUAAUAUCGUGUUGAGUUGUUUGACUUUUAUUGUGAGUUAACGUCGAAAGCUGAUUAGUUCCAGUCUACAUUUCACCCGAAUUCUGCUGUUGUAGCAUGACAUUACCGUGUAAAUCUUGGGAAAAAAAGAUUUUUCUUGAUUUUGUGUGAGUGCAAAGUUAUCAGAAUUUUAUGCUCCCAA